AUGCAGUCGUCACCGGAUAAGUAUCAGAGCGUCAAGGCCAUUCAGGUCAACCGGGCCCGCAUCAAGGAGCGUAUCCAAGAGAAGCACCGACAGCAAAGCCAGCAGGCACGUCAAGGGCGUUUAAGCGGCCUGCGCGAUACAGACAGCCACGGCGAGGUGUCCUCCGACGAGCAACCAGCUCCGUGGCCAAUCAGCGCACGGGGAAGCUCCUCGCCUACAGGGCCUGUGCCUACAUUCACUUCCGCUUCUUUUUCUCCAGCGAUGUGCGUCAACGCCGAUGGCACGCUGAUGAUGCAGGUGGUGCAGGACUGGUCGGAUAUCGGGCACGAGUUUGGCGUGAACAUUCACGACACGGAAGUGAUGGACUGCUUGCUAGCUCUGGAGGACGAAAUACGGCACGAGCAACUCUUCCAUUUUUACGACCAGACCAACAGGAAUGAGUGGGAGGAGUAUUACAACUCCCUGACUUCGUAG